UGAUUUCUUAUUUAUCUUUACUUUCACUUUGUUGUUUGUAUUUGGUAUAUUUCUGUAUACAUUAUAUGUUACAUAAUUAUGAAGUUUACAUCUAUUUUGGACUUUAUUUUCCUGAUAUAUUUUGUUGUACACAUUCCAGUAGCAAUAUUUAUCGAUUCACAAGCCAUUUUUCCAAAAUGGAUUUACCCUGGAGUGGUUGUAGACCUGAUGGAUUGGUAUUGCCGAGAGUUUAAAGAUCCGAUGAUGGUAGAAUCACCAGCCUGGUUCAAGUCCUUUAUUUGUUGUGAAGUUUUGUUUCAACUGCCGUUCUUUUUUGUGGCAGUAUACGCAUUUUCAAAAGGUGUAAACCGAUGUCCCUGGAUACAAAGACCUAUGUUGAUCUAUGCCGCCCACACAGCGACAACGACAAUAUGCAUUGCCUUCCAUUUAUUUUUAAAUGACUUCAGCACAUCAAAAUACCCAGGACCAACUACAGUAAACGAGAGGCUAAAAUUGUUUGCUAUAUACAGCCCGUUUUUAUUGAUUCCUUUGUUGUUGCUUGUAAACUUUGCCUUUCGAAAAUUUCCUAAAGAAAAACUGAAAAAACGGUAAUAUCUUAUUGUAACCAAUAAAACGUAUACUUUCAUAA